CGGAGCCCAGGGACAACCCCAGCGCCUCCGAUGCUCGGGAUCCCCCCUUCCCGAGAGCGCGCGGUCCCGGGGGACUCGCGUGGCGGAGGAUGGGGCGGCGGGCGGAGGACUGGGCCAGGAGGAUGCGGCGGGCUAGCGCGGCAGGGAGCAGAGCAGCACGGGGACUCGACGUCGCCGCCCUUGCUGCCCCCAGGCAGCCCCCCAGGACUGAGGUGCCGGUUGGGGGCGGCGGCCGGCGCCUCCUCGCCCGCUGGUCUCCCAUGACAUUUUACUUGAAAACGUGAGGCCCGGAUUUGUGGCGCGGCGCGGGCGGUCCUGGGGGACGCACGCGGCUGCCCCGGGUCCCUGCGCCGAGUGGCCCUAGCAGUUAGGGAUGCUGCUCUCGGCCUCGGCGUCUUGGGAGCCCCACUGUGAUCUCAGAGGCGAAACUUCUCAAAACUUUUCAAGAACCAUUUUCUCCACCUCGAGUUGCUGGAAUAACAAAUUGCCCUUAGGUGACCUAUCGUGAAACUGCACAGUCCCUGAAGUUAUUAGACUGCUUUUUAAAAGACGGAGCACAGGAGCCAUAGAAUUUGUUGUGGGGAACGUUUUGGAUAGAGAAGUCGAACCAUUUACGCUGUAAAAGCUUUUCUGCUGUACUACCAACCUGCAGGUCACUGCUUUCUUCUCGAAAAUGCCGGUAGCAAGCCUCGACCGCACAGCGCUGUGUGUCCUGGGGGAACUGUGGAGUGGGGGGGAGCACCGCUGUUCUGGGCACUGCCUCCGAAGGGCAGGCUUUGCCCAAGUGGCGCUAGGUGGUGGUCGGGAGGUUUCUUAAACAUGGCAUGCCUCAGUGUGGUCAAGAAAGACUCUUCUCUGCUUUAGAAAGAAAAAAAAAAGUACAGUUACCUGGGUCAGAUAAGCUGUCCCUUAAGAGGAGACAACUAAAGAAUAUGAGUGCCUACCCUGAGCUUCAUCAGGGUAAGUCUAGAUAGAUGAAUUCUCUUUUCUUUUUCUUUCCCUUUUGGGAUUUGGAACAGAAACAGGAAGUCAGAAAUUCAGAGAAAAGAGCAUUCACUCCGCAACGAAUAAAUAUGGCAGAGCUUCCUGAGACAGAAGGACCAGUAGAUUGGAAAGAACGAUGCAUAGCUCUGGAGUCCCAGCUCAUGAAAUUUAGAGUGCAAGCAAGCAAGAUAAGAGAGCUCUUAGCAGAGAAGAUGCAACAGCUUGAGAGCCAGGUUAUUGAUGCUGAACGUCAAGCAGAAAAAGCUUUUCAACAGGUACAAGUUAUGGAAGAGAAAUUAAAAGCAGCUAAUAUUCAAACCAGUGAAUCAGAGACAAGGUUGUAUAAAAAGUGUCAAGAUCUGGAGACCUUCAUACAGGAAAAAGAUGACAUCAUUCAAAACUUGGAACUGCAACUUGAAGAGCAGAAACAAAUAAGAAUACAAGAAGCUAAAAUAAUAGAAGAAAAAGCAGCUAAGAUCAAAGAAUGGGUAACACUUAAGUUAAAUGAGCUGGAAUUGGAGAAUCAGAAUCUUCGUUUAAUCAACCAAAACCAAACUGAAGAGUUAAGAACAGUACAGUCAAAACUACAAGAAGUUCAAGGGAAGAAGUCAUCCACCGUCUCCCCUUCAAAGCUUUCGGAAGGUCAGCGCCUAAGUAGCUUGACUUUUGGGUGCUUUUUGUCCCGAGCAAGGAGUCCUCCUCAAGUGGUUAAAUCUGAAGAAGUGAGCAAGAUAUCAUUUAAAGAACCUGAGUUCACUGAAGAAAAAGACAUAGAAGAAAUGGAAAUUCCUGAAAAGUCUGUUGAUAACCAAAUUCAAGCAAACAACCAAGGUCAGAGAACAUUGCACCAGACUCCUUGUGUCUCAGAACAGAACCGGAAAAGAAGAACAAGCUUUAUAACAGAGGGUGGCAUAGCCCAGAACGCGGGGGCUCCAGGGAGUGACUGGAGUUCUGAUGAGGACGACGGCAGCCGAGGAAGAUCUGAGCCCAGGUACACGUCCACCCUUUCCGGUGACACGUCAGUGGAAGGGGUCCGGGAUAGCAGGAUGGGCAGUGAGACGUAUUUGACAGCAUCUGAUGACAGCAGUUCUAUAUUUGAAGAAGAGAUUUUUGGCAUAAAGAGACCAGAACAUAAGAAGCUGUAUUCUUGGCAACAGGAGGCACACUGGAAAGCUCAGAACUGUCUUCUUGGGAAGGGAAAUUCUGAGUCAAUUAAAAAGGAACACGAUAGUUCCUCGGAUGAACUGAAUAAAAAAUUUCAGUCUCAGAGACUGCAUUAUUCAUCUUCGUCAAGUGAGGCCAACACCCCAAGCCCUAUUUUGACCCCAGCUUUGACUCCAAAACAUCCUAAUUCACUCCCUGGGAGAGGAACACAAUUAGUGCCUUCCUCAAACCUGCCACCCCCAAAGUUAAGGAUUCCUAAUGUUUUCAGUAUAAGUGUCGCACUAGCCAAAAGGCACUUAAGCCAGCCACAGUUAAGUUCCGAUAGAAUGUUUGGUACAAACCGAAAUGCUAUAAGCAUGAUACGACCACUGAGACCCCAGGAAACAGAUCUCGAUCUAGUUGAUGGUGACAGUACAGAAAUGGCAGAGAAUACGGACACUAGUUGUGACGACGGACUGUUUUCCUAUGACUCCCUUGAAUCCCCGUGUUCAGACGACCAGGACACCUGGAACUUGGCGAAGAAGGCAGCCUGCGGCAAACCGCCAACACCUCCCCUGCACCGCUUUCCCUCUUGGGAAAGCAGAAUUUAUGCUGUAGCCAAAUCAGGCAUUCGAAUGUCUGAGGCCUUCAACGUGGAGAAUGUUAAUAAAAAUUCUGUUGCAAUGCUUUCCUAUUCUACAUCAGGACUUUAUACAUCCUUGAUAUACAAGAAUAUGACAACUCCAGUGUUUACAACUUUGAAGGGGAAGGCAACCCAAAUAAGCAGCAGCCCAUUCCUGGAUGACUCCUCUGGGUCAGAGGAAGAAGAUAGUUCCAGAUCCAGUUCCCGGACUUCGGAGUCAGACACACGCAGUCGGAGUGGGCCGGGCAGCCCGAGAGCCAUGAAACGAGGUGUGUCUCUCUCCUCUGUGGCUUCUGAAAGCGACUAUGCUAUCCCCCCAGAUGCUUAUUCCACAGACACAGAGUACUCACAGCCAGAACAGAAGCUCCCUAAAACGUGCUCGUCUUCUAGUGAUAACGGGAAAAAUGAACCCCUGGAAAAAUCUGGCUAUUUAUUAAAAAUGAGUGGUAAAGUCAAGACUUGGAAGCGGAGAUGGUUUGUUCUUAAAGGUGGUGAAUUACUUUACUACAAAUCUCCGAGUGAUGUAAUUAGAAAACCCCAGGGCCAUAUUGAAUUUAGUGCAUCCUGCAGUAUUUUAAGAGGGGACAACAAACAAACAGUUCAGUUGACCACCGAAAAGCACACAUACUAUCUGACUGCAGAUUCUCCCAAUAUUUUGGAGGAAUGGAUUAAAGUGUUACAGAACGUUCUUCGAGUACAAGCUGCCAACCCGCUUUCCCUGCAGCCUGAAGGCAAACCAGCAGUGAAGGGACUGCUCACGAAGGUAAAACAUGGCUAUUCCAAGAGAGUCUGGUGUACACUUACAGGAAAAACAUUAUACUAUUUUCGUAGUCAAGAAGAUAAGUUUCCUUUAGGUCAGAUCAAACUCUGGGAAGCUAAAGUUGAAGAGGUUGACAGAUCCUGUGAUUCAGAUGAAGAUUAUGAAGCCAGUGGGCCAAGUCUGUUAUCCACACAUUACACCAUUGUGAUCCACCCCAAAGACCAAGGUCCAACUUACCUCCUAAUUGGAUCCAAGCACGAAAAGGACACUUGGCUUUAUCAUCUGACUGUUGCAGCUGGAAGUAAUAAUGUAACUGUUGGAUCUGAAUUUGAACAACUUGUUUGCAAAUUGCUAAAUAUUGAAGGGGAACCUUUCUCUCAGAUAUGGAGACACCCUACUUUGUGCCACAGCAAAGAAGGAAUCAUUUCUCCUCUGACAACACUACCUUCUGAAGCUCUACAGACAGAAGCUAUUAAAUUAUUUAAGACCUGCCAGCUUUUUAUAAAUGCAGCAGUUGACUCCCCUGCAAUUGAUUACCACAUCUCUCUAGCCCAGAGUGCUUUGCAAAUCUGUCUGACACAUUCUGAGCUACAGAACGAAAUUUGCUGUCAGCUCAUUAAACAGACAAGACGGAGACAGCCACAGAAUCAACCAGGACCAUUGCAGGGCUGGCAGCUCUUGGCUCUCUGUGUUGGGCUCUUCCUUCCCCAUCAUCCUUUCCUGUGGCUCCUCAGGCUCCACCUAAAGAGGAAUGCAGAUUCCAGGACAGAAUUUGGAAAAUAUGCUAUUUACUGCCAGCGAUGUGUAGAAAGAACACAACAAAAUGGAGAUCGAGAAGCAAAACCUUCAAGAAUGGAAAUUCUUUCAACCCUUCUACGAAACCCCUAUCAUCAUUCUUUGCCCUUCAGUAUCCCCGUGCACUUCAUGAAUGGGAUAUAUCAGGUGGUUGGAUUUGAUGCAUCCACCACAGUGGAAGAAUUCUUGAAUACUUUGAACCAGGAUACAGGAAUGAGGAAGCCAGCACAGUCUGGAUUUGCAUUGUUCACAGAUGAUCCUUCUGGCAGGGAUUUAGAGCACUGUCUUCAAGGAAACAUUAAGAUUUGUGACAUUAUUUCCAAGUGGGAACAGGCUUCCAAAGAACAGCAACCUGGGAAAUGGGAAGGUACGAGAACUGUUCGUCUGACAUACAAAAACAGACUGUAUUUCUCAAUGCAAGCUCGUGGCGAAACUGACAGAGAAAAGUUAUUGCUAAUGUAUCAGACAAAUGAUCAAAUAAUAAAUGGACUUUUUCCCCUGAACAAGGACCUGGCAUUAGAAAUGGCAGCUCUUUUAGCUCAGGUGGAGAUUGGAGAUUUUGAAAGACCUUUCUCAACUCCAGCAGGGCAUAUUAGUAAUCAGUGCAAAGCAAAUCAAACUUUAAAACAAGUCAUAGAGAAGUUUUAUCCUAAAAGGUAUAGAGAUGACUCUUCCGAAGAACAGUUAAGGCAGCUUUGCCAGCGACUGUCAACCAGAUGGAUGGCCCUCCGCGGACACAGUGCUGCUGAUUGUGUGCGCAUUUAUUUGACAGUAGCCAGGAAGUGGCCUUUCUUUGGUGCCAAGUUAUUUCUUGCAAAACCCACUACUCCAUCAUCACUUGGAAGUACUUUUGUGUGGCUGGCUAUCCAUGAGAAUGGUUUAAGCAUCUUAGAAUAUAACUCUAUGAGAUUAAUUAUCAGCUAUGUGUACAAGAGUCUAAUGACCUUUGGAGGUCAUCAAGAUGAUUUUAUGGUAGUCAUUAACAACACACAGUCAAAGGACAAACCAACAGAAAAAUUACUUUUUGCCAUGGCAAAACCCAAGAUUCUUGAAAUCACUCUUCUGAUUGCCAGUUACAUAAACAACUUCCAUCAGCAAAAGGCAGCCUUUCACCACCUCUCUGCUCCAGCGCUGCUCUCAGCCCGGACCCGGGGACCCCAAGCCAGGGCAAUAGGAAGCCAGCCCCUUCUGUCAAGCUGCAGACCCACCAAAGGCCCCACUUUACUCUGAAACCUUGGAAGCCUGAAUAUUCACUCUAUCUCCUCUAAGCAAUGGCUGCAUCAGCUGCAAAUAAGUUCAUUUACAUCCUGAUAACAUAGCACUAGUAUUCCAAACUUAAAAAAUACAGGAGUUACUUGCUUUUAUUUAAUUCUUAAAUAUUCAAAAAGGAUACUAAUAAUAUACAUAAACACAAAGCUCACACACUGAUUUGCUCUUGAAUUAAGUGGGUUAGAAUUGGUCAUUUUUUUUCCAUCUCCCUUCUCUCUUGCCGUCAGACAUGUGAUGUAAUAUGGUUUCUUCUCUUUUUUAGAAAAUAUUCUGGCAGUCUUUAGAGAGGGAGAUUCCAAACUCUCAUUUGGCAAAUCAGUUGAUUAUAUGGAAAUGCUCACUGCCAAAAAAUUAAGUACUGUAAUUAAAUGUUCUUUUAAUUAAUGAUACGGUUUUUGGAAAGAAGUAGAGUACACAAUGUAAACAAGAACUACAGGGUGCUGUUUAGAGGUGAAUUUUUAGAGCAAGUGCAGUAAAUCUUGGGCCCCAUGAAUCACUGUGCAAGAAAACCCAAACAACCAGAAUUAGGUAACCAGAGCUUCCUAUGUGGUAUUAGAAAGUAUACCGUCACCUUUUCAGAUCACUGGAGUGUAAAAUGUUAAAUAAGACAGUGAUUCCUCACAUUCCUUGGUUGUCAGCAUGGCCUGAGUUCACUGGAAUCUUGCCCAUAUUUUGUUGCAUUUGGUGCUAGGUCAUCUUGACCUUGUUUCAUUAAAUAAUAGUAUCUUUGAAAACAAAGCUUUACCCUUAUACAGUCCUUUUUAAUUAUAGUCAGAACAAAUUCUCAGAAAUAUUUUUCAGAAGAAAAGGGAAAAUAAUUCUUCUGUGAAAGGGGAGUCAAAUUCUAGUUGAAAGAGUCUGGAAAUGUAUUUCUUUACUAAGUUACGUAAGUGAUCAGUACAUUCCCGAAUGUGUCAAAACAAAGUAAUUAGUAGUCAUGAUAAAAAUGAAACUGUGAUAAGACAUGAAAAUUAUAUUAUAAAAAUGUUUAAUUGCAAUAGUAAUCAUGCACAUUCUUUUAUUUAUGUGUAGAAUAUUUGUAUUUAUUUUUUGGACAUAUAUUUAUCACUUUGUUUGGGGUAUUUUUUUAGCCAAUUUGAAAAAAAAAAUGUUAGCUGCUGAAUGAAUUUGUUUCCAGAGCCUUCAUGUUUUCUUCUUUGCUGCUUUCUCCCUAUGGUGAUGUACUGUUCUCACCCUAAGCCUUUUAAAAAUGUGCCAUCCCAUCCUGACAAAGGGCAGUGCCAAAAAGUAAGAGUACUUCAUUGGUAAUGACAAAAAGAAGGUCAAAAAAUCCCACAGAAAUAGAUUUCCAUUUACUAUUUCCCCUAAAUCCUUUGAGCCACGACCACUCUCUGUGUAAGCAAAUUACUUUUGCUUGUAAACCAGUUCAGUUUGGGAUGACUCUCAGGAGCCUUUUGACUAGGAGACAGUAGAGUUUCUAAGUUCCGAGAAAACCAUUUAAUAAUCAUUAGUUGGUGAGCCAGAGGCUUGGCAGAGCUGUUACAAAUGGGUGAGGACUUUGCCUUCAGGCAGUAGUUAGUUUACCAUCUGGGAAGUGCCCCUGCCCCGCCCAUCCACCAAAUCUUCUAAUUUAAACAAGUAGUGGAGGCUGAGCAUAAAUGGCAGUACCUUAGGCAUAGCAUUUAUUUUUGAUAGAGCAGAAAUUAAAUAUUGUGAUGGAAAGAAAUCAAUUUUCUGAACAGAUGAUGUGAAAAUUUUAUUUUCUUGGAAAUUACUUAUACAGCCAUUUGAAAAAUUCAAAGUAUGUUAUUAUGAUUGGUUAUAAGAGAAUAAUGUUACAUGUUUAAUUGUAAUAUUUGUCUCCUAUCAUUUUCUUCCCUUUCAAUUAUAAUAAAUGAUUUACAAAACCCAUUUUGAGCAUUAUCUUUUUGAAUAAUCUCCAAGAAAAAGCCUAAUGUUUUCAUUGUCAAAACUGAGGUGUACUACUAGUGAAAAUGGUAGUUAUUACCUCCUUCUCUUGCGUUCAUGCUUUGUCCUCAGUGUUGCUUUGUUUUAUCCACAUAAAAGGAAGCUGUUUUGGCAAAUUGUAAUUUUAAUACAUAUGCAUGCAUAUUGACAAAUAUACAAUGUGUGUAAGUCAUGGGGUUCUCCCAUGAUUUCAUAAUAAGCUUCUUAAUGGAAAUUAUUUCAUAUAGGUGAGUGAAACGGACUAUGUUCUAAAAACUUAUUUUAAAUGUUCUGGAUUUUGUGUAUGUGUCAAAUACUGUCAUAGCUUGGAAAUGAAUUUAACUCUCAAUUUACAAGAGAAGUUAAUCACAACUUAUAAA